GGGGCUGGGGAUGCCUCCACCUGCCCCGUGUUUACUUGGGGGGGGGGCUUUGGGGCCUCUCCUACACUCUGUGUUUGGCAGGGGGCUGGGGCUGUUGCCCCUUGAGUUAGUGCUGCAUCCCUGCAUCUUUGGCACGUCACCCCUCUCCCCUGUACUGUGUGGGAGGCCUCGGGGCCUGGACUGUGCCCGGUGCCCUCUGGUGGGGCUGCUACUUGUGACCACCACCACCCCCGGAGCAGGAAACAUCCUCUUCUCAGGGUGCUUCUCUUCUCUUAGGAAACGCAACCAACUCCUCACAUCACGGAGGCCCAGCAUGAAUGUUAACUGUGCUGGUGGGACAGACUGGUCAAGAAAUCUGGACUCCAGUCGCUCUGUGGAAAACGUAACUGUAGCAGUCCAUGAGUCAGAAGAAAGUAAUGUGGUGCUAGGAGGUCACAGCCCUGCUGCAGUUCCCAGGACUGAGGGUUUAGAUUCUGAAUGCCGACACACUGCUUGUCCAGUAAGUCCCCAGAUCAGUAGCAUGUUGUCUGCUCCUGAAGACACACACAACUGUCAUUUCCAAGAUGGAAAUAAGAGACAGUCAGAAUAUUUUAAUACCCAGGAACGCCAUGGAUGCUGCACUUUGUCUUCAAGCAGCAAUUCACAAACAGUGGCUCCAGAGAAAGUGACGCUUGUGGUAGACGGCACUCGCUUUGCAGUGAAUCCACAGAUUUUCACUGCUCACCCUGAUACUAUGCUGGGAAGAAUGUUUGGACCAGGAAGAGAAUAUAAUUUCACCAGGCCAAAUGAAAAGGGAGAAUAUGAAAUUGCAGAAGGAAUUAGCUCAGCUGUGUUCCGGACUGUGCUGGAUUAUUACAAAACCGGAAUCAUUAACUGCCCUGAUGGGAUUUCCAUCCCAGACCUUCGAGACACAUGUGAUUACCUCUGCAUAAACUUUGAUUUCAACACAAUCAAAUGUCAAGAUUUAAGUGCUCUGUUACAUGAGCUCUCCAAUGAUGGUGCUCACAAGCAGUUUGAUAGCUACCUGGAGGAGCUAAUUCUGCCUAUAAUGGUGGAUAGCGCAAGGAAAGGGGAACGUGAAUGCCAUAUUGUCGUGCUGACAGAUGAAGACACCGUGGACUGGGAUGAAGACCAUCCACCUCCAAUGGGAGAGGAGUACUCGCAAAUCCUUUACAGUUCCAAGCUGUACAGAUUCUUCAAGUACAUUGAGAACCGUGAUGUUGCAAAAGCUGUGUUAAAGGAACGGGGCCUGAAAAAUAUUCGCAUUGGCAUUGAAGGAUAUCCCACCUGUAAAGAGAAGGUGAAGAGGAGGCCUGGUGGCCGGUCAGAAGUGAUAUACAACUAUGUUCAACGGCCGUUCAUCCAGAUGUCAUGGGAGAAGGAAGAGGGCAAAAGCCGUCAUGUUGAUUUCCAGUGUGUUCGGAGCAAAUCUCUAACAAACCUAGUCACUGUGGGUGAUGACGUUUCAGAGGACCAUGAGGUUAUAAUGCAUCACCCCCCACAAGUAGAUGAACUCGACAGGCUAAACGCACCGUUCUCCCAAAUGGCUGUUAACGAUCUUCCAGAUUAGUUGUGGCUCAGGGUGAAUAGUCCUGCUUGAUGUUGGAACAUCUCAGCAUAGUUUCAUCCCAGGUGAUGGAACACAGACUCCUGCAAGGUGCUUUAUCCUCGUUCAUGCUCUUACUACAUUGUCAUAUUUCAAGCAUGUUAAUAAAGAGCCACACUCCGUAGCCUAAUUGUGCAAUCAAAAGCAACAUCUCCUCAAACAAAAAGAAAUUGUGCUGUUUGUUUCUACUACAAAGGCUUCCAGAUUGGUGGGUGCUGAAUAUUUUACCUAAACUUCUAAAAGAGGAGCAGAAGUAUUUAGAAACGUCUUGUUUGACAUCAGAGGAAAUUCUGGGCCUGUCAAGACAAAGUUUUCCUUUACCAUUAGGCACUUAGCUUGCUUUUGUGAUAAUCAGUUACAAAGGACCGAACAUCAAAGCAGGACAGAUGAUACUCUUUCAUCAACCAGCAGAAAUGUAGCACAGUUGUGACAGCAAAAUCCUGAGUGUGGAGGAAUGACAGCAAAAUCCAGAAUGUGGAGGAAUCUGUUUAUACUGCCACCUGGCUUUGCAUCCAGCAUGUUGUACUGCUGUUUGAGGGAAGGAUGAACUAGUUCAAUAGGAAGCAUAUGCCUGUUCACAGGAAUUUCCCAUAUAUACUUCUCCAUAGGAUGGAAUCACUGUUUUUAGGGAUAUUGUCUGUUAAGUUCAGUAAAAUGAGUAGAUCAUGCUGAAGGAAAAAGCAAAAAAGAAGAGACACUAGUUGAUAUUUUACCAACAAAGUAAAUCUGUUUGGUAGCUUAUUAGAUUUAAGAAGCUUUCUAGAGGUGACUGUGCAUGCUAAAGACCUUCAGUUGUCUCCUCCAUCCCCCUGCUAAGACAAAAGCCAGUGGAGGAGCUCCCAUUACACACAGACUACUACCUGAGUGAAAUCCUUGGUAUCAUCAGUCUUAGUCAGUCAAAAUUUCUGUAGACUCGCCAAGGAGCACUCUACUGUUGCAGUUGUAAAUGGCCAGCUACUUUCUUCCCAUUUUGGAACAGACUGGACCAUUUUUGUGUCAGGCAGGUAAGAAAUACCAAUAGUAAACCAGCCUUCUGUAGAAAAAAAUACACAUACCUGGGAACAACUCUCCUUUGCUGCUCUGAAUAUAUUAUCCUAGUCUGUGGUUAAGGCUCUGUUCAUUUUGGAUUCAGGGCCAACAAAGCUGUGACUGUAAGUGUAGACACGCUCCAGGCUGGUUUAGCUCAGUGAGUUGUAUUAGAGCCUAGCUGGUCCUGUUCCUGCAGUGUGGAGUUACCUGUAGGCUUGCUUAACCCCGUGAUUAGCACACAGUGAGUUCAGUACUGCCACAACCGAGCUGCUACAUCAGCCAGAACAGGCCUGCCUUACAAAGCCAUCAUUUCUGAUGGCUCUGUAUAGAUUUUAUGUACACAAAGCGGAGUACUUAAACGUGGUGCUGGUGCAAAGAAAAGCUGAAACCUAUUCAAAAAGAAAGAGGGAGAGAACUCCCUUGCAAAGUUGUUAAGUUCAGGUCAGUUCUGCUCUUGCAAUUGAGUGCUGUUGAAACCUGUAACACGCAUUGAAUUACCUGGUCAUACCUGGCAAAACAGAGGUAGGAAUCAGUCUACCCCUAGAAGGUUUAGUCCUUUGUUGUCAGGGUUGCAUCAUCAAGCAAAUCUCUAUUAUUCUCCAUCUGUCUGCAAAGUGUAUGGUAGACUUAACGUUGAAGAUUGCUGUUACUGUUUUGCUGCUAAGGAUGGGGGGGGGGUUCUAAGUGUAAGUAACAUGACAAUAUCAAUCACAGAUUUUCUUGCAGAUUUGUGAGUGUCGUUUUAGUGAAGAGUAACAAAAUCUCUGCCAAGGCGUAUACUUGCCGAUAUAUUUAGUUCCCAUUUGUAUGGAUACAUGUUCCAUUAUUUGCAGUCUUUCUGUUCUUAGCUUCUUUCCUAAGUGCAGCAAAUAGAUUUCUUCUUUUUAUAAGUGCCUAUGGGAAGAUUUCCAAAAGUGCUUCAGGACCUCCUGAGAGUCCCAGGGUUUCAGAUGCCCAGGUCCACCUGACUACUUUUGAAAAAUCCUCCCUGUGUGUCAUUGGAUCAGUAUAGAGAAGUGUCCUUCAGUAUCUGCACAGAGAUAGUGUGCAAUCACUUUCCAUUACUGCUCUAGAUGAAUUUCUAUUUUUAUAGUAGAGAAAGGAAUACAUACGGACCAUUAACCUUCCAGCUAAGGGCCAGACCAAACCCAUUACCUGCCUUGGUAACGAGCUGUUCCUGUAAGUCAAGCAAAGGCACUGGUGAGACUGUCUGUCCAGCAAUGAUGGAGCUUGUCCCCAGGCCCUCUGGAAUUUUUUUGUGUAUUUAUUUUUACAGCAGUGUAAGUUCUAAGUAAAAGUGUAUUGGUAUUGACCAGCUGACUUGGAAUUGGACUUUACACAUGUUCUGCUCUAAGGACCUGAAAUGUGCAUGUUGUUGAGCGCUACCCUACAGGACUGUGUCAAGGCAUCGGAUGCCGAGCAUCUGACUUCAGUGGCACCUUAUGGGAUCUGACAGCUAAGUACCAUAUUCAGCCAAAACAAAUGCCACCGUUGUCUGUCCCUGAGCCCAGUGUUAGCUAGGCCUCUUGAAGGAUUUGGCCAGUUUAUUAGAAAUAGUGAUUGCAGACACUCAACUGCAGCAGGCUGUUGCCUGAGAGCUAAAGACUGUCGAUGCGUUGUAGGAGCUUGUUGAUACUCUGUGUAAUCAGUUGGACCUUCAGCAUGGGAUGGAGGUAUCCAGCUUCCAUGAUUUCUGUGCAGUUUUACCACUCUAAAAAGCCCACUGUAGUUUAUUGGCUUUCACAAGUAAUUAAAGAUGAAUUUAUUUUUUUUUUUUAGUAGACUGAGUUCCAUUGGAACACUAAACCAAACUGAAAAAGUAUGCAUCUGCUUUUCCUCCUUCUCUCAUGGUCACCUACUUCAGGUACAACAUCAAGUUUUGUCUUAUUCUAGAUAUACUGAAGUGUUACCCGUGGUGUGUAUGAACUACAGAUGUAUGGUUUCUUUUCUGUAUUAAAGUAUAAAUUAUA